CUCCUCCAAUUCCACCCCCCCCCCCAACUUCUCUCUCUCUCUCUCUCCCUCUCUCCCUCUUCAUCCAGUGCCGAGUACCACUUCUUCCAGAGCUCAGAAGGAACUAUUUCUUUUUUAUAUUUGGUUAUUUGUUUUGAACAUAAAUUCCCACACAGAAUUUCUGACAGUAAAGUAGGGAAAGUGAAAAUGGGAAUCGGAACAAGCACCUUUGUUAUCAGAUGGAUCAACUUUCUCACCAUGCUUUUAUCCGUAGCUGUCAUAAUUUUUGGAAUAUGGAUGAGCACUCAUCACGAUGGCUGUCGAAGGUCUCUCACUCUCCCCGUUUUAGGCCUUGGUGCUUUUAUCUUUGUCAUAUCUAUAAUCGGGUUUUUUGGCGCACUCAAAAACAGCUCCAUACUCUUGUGGAUUUACCUGAUUAUGUUGUGCUUCGUUUUGGUGGGAAUUCUGGUAUUCACUGUAAUGGCAUUUAUUGUAACGAAUAAUGGAUCCGGUCAUAGCGUUGCUGGAUUGAGGUAUAAAGAGUACCAGCUUCAAGAAUACCAUUCAUGGUUUCUAAAACAACUGAACAAUACUCAGAACUGGAAGCGUUUGAAGAGUUGUCUUGUGAAAUCUGAAGAUUGCAAUAACUUAUCGAAAAAAUACAAGACUCUCAAACAAUAUAAGUUGGCAAAACUGAGUCCCAUUGAAGCUGGUUGCUGCCGACCACCAUCUGAAUGUGGCUAUCCUGCUGUCAAUGCUUCAUACUAUGACUUGAGCUUUCAUCCAAUCAGCCCCAGCAAGGAUUGCAAACUUUACAAGAAUUCCCGGGUCACCAAGUGCUAUAACUGUGAUUCCUGCAAGGCUGGUGUUGCACAAUACAUGAAAAUUGAAUGGAGAGUAGUAGCUGUCUUCAAUAUUGUUUUAUUUGUCGUCCUGUCGAUGAUAUACUUUGUGGGGUGCUGUGCGAGACGAAAUGCUGCCCAGAACCAUUCUAAAGCAUGAAGAUGAGAAACUACUAAUUUUCAGGAGUCUCGAUUAGAAAAUAGAAAGACCCCAUUGUUCUAAUUACUGUUUUUCUUGAAAAGAAACAUUCAAGUGAGCAACUGUUGUCUCAUGCAGUGGGUUGGAAGUUUGGAAAGGUUUUUAAUGGAAGCGUUGCGUUAACCGUGUACCAAUUUUUCAGUUUUCUGAUGUUAUAUGGAACAAAUUGUUUUAAUC